GAUUUUUCUUGUUACUCUCCAUCAUUCAUCUACUUGCACUCAGAUACCGCUUCUAUUUGGUCAUAUUCAUCACCUGCUCACUACUACUCUUUCCUGCAUCAACCUUGUCGACUUGAAGAGAUCUACGUCUUCCUCCAUUCACAAUGCCUUUCACUGCCUCGGAUAUCUGCAAGAUCAUCUUCGCGAUCAUCUUGCCCCCGCUGGGCGUCUUCCUUGAGCGAGGAUGCGGUGCUGAUUUCCUGAUCAACAUCUGUUUGACAAUCCUGGGUUGGCUUCCUGGUGUCAUUCAUGCCUUCUAUAUUAUAUUCAAAUACUAGAACGCUCCUCAGGCCCCUUCUUACCACCCACUUCGGUUCAAAACCCGUCGAUUAGGGUGGAUAACCUCGUCCUACCUACGAUUUUUCUCCUACGGAAUCGGAUGUUCAAAAUCCAGCGGGUCGGAGUGACGUUGUCAACAUCUUAGUAUUGUUCCGCGGGCUCCCGACGAGUCUAGCCUAAUGCAAC